CGGCUGUGCGUGCUGGUCCUGGUGGAUGGGAGUCGCUGAUGGGCAUCUUUGGAGACGCCCAACGACCGACCACCAGACCUGCUGCGUCACUUUGCUAACUCAGCCCUGCCGGCCCAAAUCAGCGACCGCCUCGUCCAGCAUAUUUCUUUCCCUGGCAUUUCCUGCAGCCCAGUCGUUCCAGAGCCAUCCAGCACACCGCAACCGCGGGCGUAGUCAACGCAGGCUCGAGGCUGGCGCCGCAUCCUCCACCACCAAAAUCCGUGCAUCCUGCUACGCGCGCUCGCCGUCCUCGAUUCUCCCGCAUUCCUGCACCCGCACCCUCACACACCGCUCGGCUCCAGCCCGGGCUCUCCCGGACGACCGACACAGACCCAGUUGGUGGCGAGGCGCAAGAUGACGAGCUCGUUCGAGAAGUCGGUCAAGGGGGCUACCAAAAUAAAGGCCGCGCCCCCAAAGACCAAGUACAUCGAACACAUCCUCAUUGCCACUCAUGCGGGCGACGCCGGCGUUGGCGAGGUCUUCCGCUCGUUACAGUACCGUCUGCAAGACUCAACAUGGACCGUCGUCUUCAAGAGCCUGAUCACAGUGCACCUGAUGAUCCGCGAGGGGUCACCCGACGUUACUCUCUCGUAUCUCGCCAAGCACAGGAACAUGCUUGCGAUAAGCAUGUUCUCCGACGCCCAGACUCAGGGACGGAAUAUACGCCAUUAUGCCCAGUACCUCACGGAGCGCGCCCGCGCCUUCCGUGACACCAACUGCGACUGGGUGCGCACCAAGGAGUCGCGCCUCGAGAAGCUGUCGGUCGAGAAGGGUCUUUUGAGGGAAACGGAGACGGUCCAGCACCAGCUCACAGCCCUCCUCAAGUGCGACGUGAUGGAGAAUGAACCCGAGAACGAGAUCACCGUGACCGUCUUUCGCCUGCUGGUUCUUGAUCUGCUUGUCCUAUUCCAAGUGCUCAACCAAGCUAUGAUCAACAUUCUCGGCCACUUUUUUGAAAUGUCCAAGGUGGACGCGGAAAGAGCUAUGGGCAUCUACCGCACAUUUACUCGCCAGACAGAUUAUGUGGUCCAGUAUCUGAGCGUCGCGAGGCAGCAUGAGCAUCACACGAGGGUUGAGGUGCCUAAGUUGCGCCACGCCCCGGUGAAUCUCGGCCGGCAGCUGGAGGACUACCUGAAGGACCCCGACUUUGAGGUACACAGGAGACAGUACCUGGCCGAGAUAGAUGCCAAGAAAUCAAAGGGCAGCGGCGGCGGCUCUGGAUCGUCUAGGGCCUUUGGUGCUGAGCUUUCCGGGUCUAAGAACGGCACCACCAAGCCCUCGGGCGUCAGCUCCGCCAAUGGAACUGCAAAGGAAGCCGCACCAGCGCCGGCUCCCGCACCGGCAAGCAAGGGACCGGACCAGGACCUGAUCGAUUUCUUCGGCUCCAUCGAACAGAACCAGACGACGAUGGCGGUCCAGGCCAACCAGCAACUGCCGCCCCAGGCCCAGAUGACUCCCUGGACCAGCCAGGCUGGGUUUCAAAUGCAGGCGGCGGGCCAGCAGUUCCAGCCAAACACUUUCGCCGCCCAGCCAACAGGCUUCCAAACAGCGCAGCCGACAGGCUUCCAGACGACAAACCCCUUCCAGCAGCAGAGUUUUGCGGCCCUUGGACAGCCACAGCAACAACAACAGGCAUUUGGAGACCUUGGGCAGCAACAACAGCAAGUGAUGCCAGCCUACACAGGCGCCGUCUCUGGUUUUGGUGGAUAUACCCCCCAAGCCUCCUUCCAGCCGAGCUCGCUGGCGCCGAUCCCUCAGGACUCGGUGGCCACAUUCCCGGCCAACGGGACGCUCUCGGCUCUGAACUUGCAGACCGGUGGCAUGCAGCCUGGCGGCGGCCAGCAGAUAACCAACCCUUUCCGCCAGUCGAUGCUCACGUCGGCUUCGCCGACCGGCGGCAGCCUCAUACCGCAGCAGCCGCUCAUGGGCGGAGCACAAGCCAUGGGAGUCGCACAGGCACAAUCCACGAACCCGUUUGCGCGGCCCAUGCCGCAGUCGGCCGCAUCCGGAUCACCUUUCCAGUCGCCGCCACCGUCGGGGCAGGCUCUACAGCCAAUGGCCACUGGCACCAACCCUUUUGCUAGGACGGGCGCAGUUGCGGCUGCAGGGCCAGCGACCAGCAGUGGCGCGCUAGCACCCCAGCCAACUGGAAGCACAAAUCCCUUCCGGCAAGGCGCCUUCGUAAACCACGCCACCGGGAUGGGCUGGCAACACAACCAGCAACCGGUGGGCGGUGGUCUUGAUCAACUGGAGACUAUUCCCGUCUUUCCCCGUCCCCAGGCCUCGAGUCCCUGGCAGACUUGAGCUCUUUGCUCGCCCCUCAACUCAAUUUUCCAUGUCGAUGUUUUUCUCCAGUCAAAGCGUGGCGUUGAACCGGUGAUUUGCUUAAACCCCCCAAUCUUUUAUUUUUAGUCCUCUCAUAUCUUCUGUUCUAUCUCUUUUUGGUUAUCCAACAACCUUCACUUGGUUCGAAAUAACACCCUUCCAUGCGCAACGAACACGAGCACAAAAGCAGCAACACAUAGCUCAAGCGCACACGUUAGGUAACCAUCUGGUUCUUUGUAUUUACAAACACAAAGCGGUGCUUGUAUGGGAGGCUUGGACGUGGACGUUGUGGCGACUCACCUCGAAUUGCUCACCAAAACGCCUGAGUCGAGAGUCGAUCAGCAACCUGAAAAAAAAAGAGAAAAAGAGAAAAAUAAAUGCGCAGGGCAAUGGUAAAUAUAAUGAAAAUUUUAUCUAUCUUCCA